CACGGAUUCCAUUCCAGCUUCUCGCCGUUGACACUCUCCUGUCCUCCAUUCCGAUUAUUCCGCCGCUCUUUCCGCCAUCCAUCCGCUCCGCGCGCUCAUCUUCACCACAAAUCCGUCUCCCACCGUUCGCGCCAAGACCCUUACUGUUCGUGGAGUCUAGCAUCCGUUCUUCCAUACUUUCCAUUUCCGUCUGAUCAUCCACCAGGAGAAUCCGCACAGCAGAAGCGCCUUUCAAUCCUGUAUAGGUAUUUCAUCGCCAUGGCUUCUCAGAUCGCCCGGCUCGCGGCGAGGCGCCUGGCUGGUCUCCCAGCGAACCCGACCGAGGUGGUAUGCCGGCGGGCGAUGAGCCAGAGCAGCAAGGUGCUGGGGGAGCAGGAGCACGCCAUCGAGAACGUGUAUUUUCAGAAACAAGAGCACGAGAAGCUCGAAAAGCUCAAGGCCGUAAGACCUCCCUGCCCUUCACAAUCCAUGCCUCGCUCCGCUCAUGCAUCAGUAGCUCCUUCAGUGUCCGGAUGCAUUGGAUUGUAGUUCAGGGAUCGAGUCAAACGGUCAUAACGGUCAACCAGUCGCCCAGCCCUCCAAAGUCUAGAGCCCUGGUCGUCCAGAGCUAGGGUCUUGCUCUUGCCCGAUCAUGCAUCAGUAGCUCCUUCAAUGUCCGGAUGCACUUGAUUGUAGUUAAGUUUUGUGACGUCUCAAAACGAGACUACUAUCUCCCUGCCCAUCACAAGCUAGGCCUCACUCCGCCCAUUCACCAGUAGCUCAUCAGUGGCUCAUCUUGAUGCAUGCUCCUUUCUCAAUCCCAUGUGUCCUCCCACAUGACCCUACGUGCAAUUUUUUCUUCCACCCUGCAUUUCACCCUGUAUAUAUAUAUCAUUUUCCUGGCCUCUUUCACCCUUUCCCUCCCCUCCCUCCUCCUCCCGCCUUUCUCCCCGGUGUUCCUUUCGUUUUCAUCUGUUAUGGAUGCCCACAAGAGCUACCAGCGACAGCUGCAACACAUGCAACCUGUUUUUCUCGUUUCUCGUCCGCCUCUCCCUUUUCUCGUCCCCUCUCCAUCCCCUUCCUCCCUGCCGCGUUUCUUGAUCUCUUCUCACCUCACUGUCUUCCCUGCCUCCCGCUUCCCUCUCCCCCCUGUCCCCUCUCCUUUCCCACUGUUCCUCCAUACACAUCACCGCUGGCAAAUAGAGUUGCACAAGGCGCAGGCAGCUCUGCAUGCAGCACCAUAUGCAGCAGCGUAUGCAGCAGCAGCACAUGACUGACACAGCCAAGGAGGGUCAAGCUCGUUACGAUCUGCACACGUCCUUGCCCGCUCCUUCUCAACCCCCUUCUCCUCACAACAACUGGAGGUGCAUAAGGAGGCAGUUACCGUAUCUAU